AUGGCUCAAUUAGUUGUCUCAAAACAACAUGUAUUGGGUCCUUGUGAAUUUAGGUUAGAGGUCUAUCAAGAGUUGGGCGGCAGUAAAGACUCAAUUCCAAUAGGCAGUCUAACCAUUAAUUUAUCCGAGUAUGCUAGUUCGGGCCUGACAACAAGACGAUACUUAUUGGACGAAUGUAAAUUCAAUUCUACCAUCAAGUUAUCAAUCCGAGUAGACCAGAAAUCAGAUGCUUUGACCCAGUUUGAAAUGUAUAUAAGAAGCCUGCUUUACCCAAAAACUUGUAAAAUUAAUUACUUUUUUUUUGAAUUAGUCCUCCGUUAA